AGAGGAACUAGUAUAAAUAAAGUUAUUAGAAGAAGGGGCUCUUAGGUCUUCGCCGAAAAGUUACAUAAACCUUGAUUUCAUGCUGGGAAGGUAGAGCCGCCGUCGGUGAUCGUAAGUGUCAAACUCCAAUGGUAUAAGAAUACACCACGACAAAGGUUCUUUUCGUAUUGAAAGGAGACUUCUAGAGAGAGAAAAGAAUAGGAGAAGAUUGUUGGUGGUCGGAAAGAUCAUCGGCGGCCUUGACGUACUUUUAUAGGAUGACUUCCGUCGUGAAAAAUUGCAGAAGAGGGGCUUUGUCGUCAUUUACACAGCUAAAUCCAUGCAAGCUUUUCUUAUGCUCUAUUUUUGUCAUCAUCAUCUUCUCCAGCUUUGCUUUCUCCCCUAGCCGCCUCUUCUUUCUAGGGUACCAUUGUCCACGACUGGUGACGACUUGGGGUGAUGCAUCUACAGCGUUGGCAGUGGUCUCCGGCAACUCGUCUGAUUUUUCAAAGGUCUCAAUUCAAGAAACUGUCAUAACCCCGGAUGAGGCACUCCUUUUCCUAAAAUACCCCCAGUUAACGAGGCUAUUUACCAGGGGAGAGCUUGACUGCGUUUACUUUUCUCCAGCAGGCUACACUACUUCACCAGCUCCACCCAAGUCAGUUGAUGAUGAGCACUCCGGCCGCCAGAUUAUACGGUGCGAAGUUCCACCACAUGGCUCUUCGGUGUCCCUUGCUGUGAAGAUGGAGCCGCACCGUAACUAUCUACCGGCAGGACCCACAUAUAGUUGGGACU